AUGGGCAACAAGCAGUCUACACCGCAGAGACGCAAUACGGACAACACCGAGGAGCAACUUCAAUAUCAUACGCCUCGCGGUCCGGUUGCUGCGAAGGAUUUGUCUCAACAUCUUGAGAGUGUGCCUCCGCCCGGUACACGCACGCGAUCCCAAUACCCUCACAAUUUCCGUGGUACCCAGGGCCGGGAUGAAGGCGCAAAGGUCUUUGACGACUACGUCACAGGCCCAGGUCGAUCUGAGGGGCCUACCGGCCCCAUGCAGGAAUACCCCAUCCCGCAACCCGGCCAACAAUUCAAUUUCCAGUACGACCGCCGUACCCAGCCAGCGGUUCAGGCAAACCGAGCACUUCAUCACAAUGAACGAGCAAACGUGAUGGGGCCUGCCUACGGAAAUCCCCCGAACGAUCCCAUGCAAACCCGAGCUGCGGUUCGUGUGACACAAGUGAAUGGCGACGAGAAAAUCGCUGUUGUUGGUGUUAUGUCUCAUCCGCAAGGAGAUCCUAGGCGGCUUGUGCGGGCACCUCUCGAGCCUCUGGGCCGUGAGGGCCGGCAGGAGAUGACAAGGCACGCCGAUGAACGCGGUCGCAUUCAGACGUAUCCGCCCCGUGGUAUAGACGCCGAAGUCUAUGAAACUGCCGAGACAAGAGCUGGAAGGGUGCGCCCGCCCGCUCACCCACAAAUGAGGGUGUGA